GUCUUUCAGUCUCCCGCUAAUCCCCUCCGCUUUUCCAAAGUCGCCAGAUCUCAGAAAGCUACUUCUGCUUCCAAUUCAACUUCUUCUUCCAUUUCAAACCGAUUUCUUCUUCGGCUGAUUCUUCAGAUUGCGAGCUCCUCCUCCCUCGCAAUGGGAGAUUUCAACCUCGCGCUGGUGAUCGUGGCCAUAGUGGUGUGCGUGUUGGUGUUCCUCUUCAAUGUGUACCUGCUCGUGAACUUCCAGCACCCCGACGACGCGAACCAGGCCUACUUCCCCAAAUUCGUGGUGGUUUUGGGCCUCUCUGUCGCCGCAAUCUCCAUUCUCAUGCUCCCUGCCGAUGUCGCCAACCGCCAGGCCUGUCGGCACGCGAUUUACAACGGCGCCUGUAACCUCACCUUGCCGAUGAGGGAGCUUUGGCUCGCUAUCUACAUUCUCGACGCCGUCCUCGUCUUCUUCGUCAUUCCCUUCGCCAUGUUCUACUACGAAGGCGACCAGGACAAAACUGUUGGUAAACGGAUUAAAAGCGCGCUGAUGUGGGUUGUGACUACGGCUAUCGUUUGCGCUCUGGUGCUUGGAAUCUUAUACGGAUUGAUUGGAAAGGUUGACUUUACUGUCAGGCACCUUUCUUCUGGCACUACAUCCUUUCCUAGUUCAUGGGGAUUCUCUAGAAGUCAACAAUGUAUUGGAAGUGGCACACACCAGUGUUCUGCAUAUUCUGCAAGUGCUUCAUCAGAGGCAACAUGGACAAUGCAGGCUACCUUCCCAGAAUAUGUUGUUGCUCUUGCUACUAUUGUUGGAUCUGUUCUCUUCACUAUAUUUGGUGGUGUGGGCAUAGCUUGUCUACCCUUAGGACUUAUCUUUUCAUUCAUUCGGCGUCCAAAAGCUGUCAUCACCCGUUCACAAUAUAUUAAGGAAGCCACUGAACUUGGUAAGAAGGCAAGAGAACUAAAGAAAGCAGCAGAUGCACUUCAUCAGGAAGAAAGAAGUGGCUCAAAGGGAAGAAAAUGGCGUAAAAACGUAAAGGCAGUUGAGAAGGAGUUGCUUCUUCUAGAAGAAGAUGUAAAGGCUUUAGAAGAAAUGUACCCUCAAGGUGAAAAGGCUGAAACUACAUGGGCUAUGACUGUUCUUGGUUACCUGGCCAAACUAGUGUUGGGCAUUAUAGGGUUGGUUGUUUCUGUGGCUUGGGUUGCACAUAUCGUGAUAUAUCUAUUGAUCAAGCCUCCUCUUUCUCCAUUCCUGAACGAGGUUUUUAUCAAGUUGGAUGACAUUUGGGGUCUUCUGGGCACUGUGGCAUUUGCAUUCUUCUGUUUCUACCUUCUACUUGCAGUGAUUGCUGGGGCAUUGAUGCUUGGGCUGAGAUUAGUUUUCAUAACAAUCCAUCCCAUGAAGUGGGGGGCCACGCUCAUGAACUCCUUCCUGUUUAAUGUGGGACUCAUUCUUCUCUGCUCAAUCAGUGUGAUUCAGUUCUGUGCCACAGCAUUUGCAUACUAUGCUCAAGCUACUGCUGCACAGGAAAUUUUUGGUCAUACAUUGCAAUCUCUUCGUGGCAUUAAAUAUUUGUACAAGUAUAAUGUGUUCCAAAUUGCAUUCGUUGUCCUGGCCGGACUGACAUUGGUCUAUUAUGCUGCAUUUGGAUGGAGAAGAAAAAAACCUAGUGGCCGAUUCCAGCUUUCUCCUUGAAGCAUCCAUUGCCAUCAAGAGUAUGCAUUUAAUUGGACCUCAUGGAAACUAUUGUUCCACAAGUCAUUAUGAGUGAUUUUUAAGUGACAUGGCCUUGAUUUGCUCCACUUCGUUGCCUAAAGAAGCAGGCAAGACUCGUCCAAGUUAUAUAUAAAUCUGGCCGGUGCAGUGAAAGUUCCAUCUGGUGUGCUGCUGCUGUUUUUUUCUCUGGUUCCCCCCCAUCUAUUGUAUGUAUUAUUCCAUUUUUGAUUUACAUUGAGGUGUUUUCCUUGUAAUAUCUCUGGCACCUGCGGGAACUGGUUCGUGAGGUACCCUUGCUGUAUUAUAGUGAGUGAAAUUAUUCUUGGGCAAACCAGUUUGUUUUCAGGCA